CUUGUACAAACCAGUCUGUCCUUUUUUUCUUUCUUUCUCUUUUCUUCUAUCUUUUUCUUUCUAUCUUCUAUCUUUUCUCUUUAUUAUCUCUUGAAAAAUGAAUCAAUCUCAUUCCAAUGUAAUGUCUAUUGAGGCUAUUACGUGCCCUAAAUCACAUCAAUGCAAAAAUCCAGCAGAUGAACAAAUUGUCCAAGAGAUGACGCCGUUUGAUCAGCAAGAUACCUAUUCUCAAUUUGUCAUCGCUCAUCCCCAGAGUGAACUAAUCCCCUGUUUUUCCGAGCCAAAGGAUACAUCAUAUUUUGGUAUUACCUAUCAUCCACCCUCCGCCGGCUUCGAAUUAUCCCCAACUAUGACCGAUCGAAGACAGAGCAAUAGCAGCAGCUGUAGUAGCAGCACAAGCACCGUUUUGAGCACACAUAGUUUGAAUCCAGAACCGUACAAUCUACAUAAACUUGGAUAUAAGAAAUCAAAAGAAGAUUCAAUCAAUCGAAGAAGAGAACGAAAUAAACUGGCUUCAGCAAAGUAUCGUGCCAAGAAACAAGUCAUGACGAUGACAAUGCAAUCUCAAAUCAUGCAACUAGCGAGAGAAGUAGCUUAUCUUCGAGAUGAAUUGGAACAAGCUAAAAAGAAUGAAACUGAAAUGUUGUAUCGAUAUCAGCAACUACAACAGUUUUGCAAAAGCCAUCACCACUAAUACCCCCUUCUUAUUUCACUGAAAAAGUUCUGUUCUCUCUGUAUGUGUUUAUAGUUGUUCUUAUUUAUUCAUGUCCUUGUAUGUAUUCAUUAUCC